UUCUCUUACCACAAGCAAACAGGUGGUCCCUUCGUGUCAACCAUGUACCAACUUCUGAGAUGCGUCCUGCCAGUGCUGCUAAUUGCAGCAUCAGUUCCCCGCAUCUGCAGUGCCGAUAAAAUGGACGAUAGUAAUUCCGGCAACCUGAUUGUGGGCGGCUUCGUGGUCAGCAUCGAUCAGGUCCCAUACCAAGCGGCCGUUCUCCAUAACGGAAAGUUCAGCUGCGGAGGGAGCAUUAUCGGGCCGCGCUGGAUUCUGACGGCUUUGCACUGUAUCGAAACGAUGGAGCCGUCCGAGUAUCAAAUCGUGGUCGGCACCGAUGACCCGGAGAAUGGCACCAAGCUGCAGGUGGAGAAUAUGUUCGCACCUCCAUUCCUUAUCAAUGGUAGCGUGUUCGACAUAGCAUUGGUGAUGCUGCGCAAUCGUUUGGAGUACAAUGGAAUGGUACAGUGUUUGCCUUUAUUAAAAUCGAUCGAAGAGAUUGCCGUGGGGAAGCCGGCGGUCAUCUCUGGAUUUGAAUCCACAGAUGAGGGAGGCUAUGAGAUGGUACUGAAGGCGGCCAACGUUAACAUACUACCGGUGGAGGAGUGCGUAAAGGCGUACGGUCUGCUGAUCCACGAGCAUAUGUUCUGUGCGGGGUACAGGGAAGGGCAGGUAGACACUUGCCAGGGUGAUUCGGGCGGACCGCUGGUGCUGGAUAGUAAGCUGGCCGGUGUUAUCUUCUAUGGGGAAGGUUGCGCAAGAGUGCACUAUCCCGGUGUGUACAUGUCGAUACCGUGGUUCUACGAUUGGAUCGUCAAUACGGUACGCGUAGCGCCAAGUGCUGAAGGUAAGAAGCUUUGUGAUCCUCCAAAAUAACCCUACUGGCCUAGGUGGUAGAAGGUAGUUUGGUAUAUAAAGAUAUCUAUCUUUAGCUGUAAAUGAUGACAAAAUGAAUGAGUUAGAAUAAAAAAGUGCAAACA